CCUUUGAAGGGGCUGCGUGGAAAGCUGGGAGCGGUGUCACCAGGAGCCAUGUUAUCUCCCGCGGGAAUGAAAACUCUGGUUCUGCUCGGCCGUCUGCUGAUAGUCGCUGCACUGAUCGACUCUGAUGACGUCAUCACGCGAGACGAGCAGAUCUACAUUCUGUUCGGAGCUCGGACCAAAUGCGAGAGGAGCAUCCUCACACAGAUGGUGGAAGACGGCGAGUGCCUCCCGGAGUGGGACGGGAUCAUCUGCUGGCCACCGGGCCAAGCCAGCCAGCUGGUGUCAGUACUCUGUCCCGAUUACGUCUACGACUUCAACCACCAAGGCCACGCUUACCGCCUCUGUGACGCCUCCGGGAACUGGGAACAGGUUCCCAGUAGAAACCGCACCUGGGCCAACUACACCGAGUGUACGACCUACCUGACCUCUGAUCACAGGAGGAAGGAGGAGAAGGUGUUCAAGCGGCUCCACCUCAUCUACACUGUGGGUUACUCGGUGUCUCUGGUGUCUCUGCUGGUGGCCGUCUCCAUUCUCUGUUACUUCAAACGACUUCACUGCACACGCAAUUACAUCCACAUUCACCUUUUCACCUCCUUCAUGUGCCGGGCCGUCAGCAUUUUUGUGAAGGACGCCGUCCUCUACAUCAUGUCGGACGAUCACAGACUCGAGCUCUUGGCACAGAAGUCCAACAUGGUUGGCUGUAAAGUGACUGUCACUCUCUUCCUGUACUUUGUGGCGACCAAUCACUACUGGAUCCUGGUGGAGGGGCUGUACCUGCACAGCCUCAUCUUCAUGGCCUUCUUAUCGGAUAAGAGCUACCUGUGGGCUCUCACCGUCAUCGGCUGGGGGGUACCAGCCGUGUUCGUGUCCAUCUGGGUCAGCGCACGAGCUUCCCUGGCAGACACACAAUGCUGGGACAUCAGUGCGGGGAAUCUGAAGUGGAUCUACCAGGUCCCCAUCCUGGCAGCCAUUGUUGUCAACUUCUUCUUCUUCUUGAAUAUAAUCCGGGUUCUGGCCUCCAAACUGUGGGAGACAAACACCGGCAAACUGGACCCCCGACAGCAAUACAGGAAGCUGCUGAAGUCCACCUUGGUGCUGAUGCCUCUGUUUGGGGUUCACUACAUGGUCUUCAUGGCUCUGCCUUACACAGAGGUCAACGGGCUCAUCUGGCAGGUCCAGAUGCACUACGAGCUGUUCUUCAACUCCUUCCAGGGUUUUGUCGUUGCGUUUAUCUACUGCUUCUGUAACGGAGAGGUGCAGGCAGAGGUGAAGAAGGCAUGGCUUAGGCGGAGCUUAACCCUGGACCUCAAGCAGAAAGUGCGGAUGACCAGCAGCGGGGGCGGAGGCAGCUGUUACUACGGCGGCAUGAUGUCACACACCACCACGCACAGCAUCAGUCUGUCUGCUGCCAACCCCAGAGGCCUACCCCUCACCGGAGGGGCCGGAGGUCACGGUACCGGGGUCCCGGCAGGUGGAGGAGGGGCCAGGCAGUCGCGUCUAAACUCCACCCACCCUCUGAACAGCCUGCCGGGAUACAUCCCCUCUGACACCCAGACCUCUGCUCCCCAGCAGGAGCCGGUGGCCAGGAGGCUCGGCGGGGCAGUAGUACCCGAGACAGGAGCGUUCACCAGGCGCCACAGGGCCAGCGAGGAGAGCACAGGAGGAGCGGGGUCACCACCCAGAACCCCGGAAGGAGCCGAGCUGAGCGGAGCCUUGUCUCUGAAGGAGCUGGAGACCAUUUUAUGA